AUGACAAACAAUAACGAUGAAUAUAAAAAUCUUGAUGAUACACCAUCUAAGCCAAUUGAAUCAAUGAAUCUUCAUUCAAUCCUAGAUAAUAGUUUUGAGACUGAUGCAAAUACACCACUACUCGGUCCUACAAAUGAUAAUCAACAAUCACCUUAUGAAGAAGUUGCUGUCAGUGUUUCUAAUCAUGAUGAUCCAACAGUAUUAUGUUUAACAUUUCGUUCAGUAUUUAUUGGCAUCCUAUUAAUAUUUGUUAAGGCGAUUACAGAUCAACUUUUUGCUUUACGUACCUUACCAUUAUCUUUAGAUAUUGGUAUUAUUAUGUUAUUAUCAUCCAUGAUGGGUAAAUUUCUAGAGAAAAUAUUACCCGAAAAACUUUUCAAUAUGACAGUGAAUCCAAAACCAUUUUCUGUCAAAGAACAUACUCUUGCUGUCAUAAUGGUAAUGUCUGCAGAUGGUGGUAGUUCUCUUAUCCCAGCAAUUGGCGUGCAACGUUUUUAUUAUAAUUAUUAUCUUCAUCAUUUUAAUGCAAUAAUAUUUAUGAUAACAUUCCAAUUAUUUGCUCUUUCAAUAGCAGGAAUUCUGAAAAGGUACCUUGUAUGGCCUGGUGCAAUGAUAUGGCCAAAAACGUUGAUGACUUGUUGUGUAAUACGUACACUACAUCAUGAAGAUGAAACUGAACUGAAUCAAUCACGAUGGACAAUGUCACGUUUUAAAUUCUUUUGGCUAAUGCUUUUAUUUCAGUUUCUUUGGUAUUGGUUUCCCGGUUAUAUUUUUCCUCUUUUAGCAUCAUUCUCAUUUGUUUGUAUGAUUGCACCAAAUAAUAUUAUUUUCUCACAAGUAACAGGUGCUAAUGGACUUGGUAUCGGUGCAUUACAAUUUGAUUGGAAUGCUUGGGUAUCAUUUUUAGACUCACCUAUAUUUGUACCAUUUUGGGCUCAUGUAAAUAUAUUUGUCGGAUUUGUUCUGGCAAUUUGGAUUGUAAUACCAAUUCUUUAUUAUACGAAUAUAUGGGAAUCACAAAAAAUGCCAAUUAUAUCGAAUAGAGUAUUUGACAUUGACGGUUAUUAUUAUGAUACAAAUAAAGUAUUAAAUAACAACUCACGAUUAAAUGAAACUGCUUAUAAUGCCUAUGGUAGUGAAAUCAGAUUACCUUUCGGUAUGACUGUUAUUUUUGGUUUUACUAUGGCUGGAUUUUCAGCAGCGAUUGUACAUACAAUACUUUAUCAUGGUAAAUCAUGUGUCGAACAAUUCCGUUUAAGUUUAGUAGAUCAGAAGAAUGAUGUUCAUGCUCGACUCAUGUCUCAUUAUGCUGAAGUACCUGAAUUUUGGUAUUAUAUAUUAUUUGUUGUUUCAUUGAUACUGAGCACAAUAAAUGGUUAUUAUAGUGAAUCUUUAUCUGGAUAUAUUCUUCUGAUUACUAUGAUUCUAAAUAUUAUUUUCGUCGUGCCAAUUGCAAUUAUAACGGCAACAACAGGUUUUCCAAUCGGCGCCACUAUGUUAUCUUAUGUUAUUGGAAGCCUCGUACUGGUUGGAAAUCCCGUUAGUUUCACAAUAUACGAAUUCUAUUCAGUUGCAUGUCAAUCCAAAAUAUUGAUAUUUCUCAUUUUACUUAAAACUGCUCAUUAUAUGAAGAUUCCACCUCGUAUUUCAUUUCCAUUCUUGAUCUUAUGUCCAAUAAUUGCUAGUAUAGUGAGUUAUAUAACAGCAAUAUAUCUAUUCAAUCAUAUACCAAACAUAUGUACAAGACAAAAUCCUCAAUGGAGAUGUUUAGCUACUGAAACUAGUUAUUCAUUAUCGAUUAUAUGGGCUGUAGUUGGGAUUGUGAGAUUAUUUGGACCAAAAUCUAUGUAUUCAUCCUUGAUGUAUGGACUUAUUAUUGGUCCAAUAUUACCUAUAAUCAGUUGGUUUUUAUGCAAAAAACUUCCACAUAUAAAAUGGUUGGUGCUUAUUAAUUUUCCAAUUAUACUUCUAGCUGCACAUGCGAUUCCAACUGCACCAGCUGCUGAAUAUCCAUCGUGGUUUUUAGUUGGUUUUAUUUUUAAUUAUGUUAUAUAUCGCCAUGCACAUGGAUGGUGGAAAAAAUAUGCAUAUGUGUUUUCUGCUGCAAUGAGCUGUGGUGUAGCAGUUUGUGGAAUACUUAUAACUUUUGCUUUACAAAACAAUCAUAUCUCUUUUCCUCAAUGGUGGGGAACAAAAGAUGUUUGUCCAUUGUCUGGUGCUAAUUAUUCAGGAGUCAUUCCUACAUAUCGUGAUUUAUGA